AUGUUUAGAUAUUCAUGGCCAGUAUCAUCAAAACAAAGUGCAUCUAAAGAAGAAAUUAAUCUUGAUGAUAUACCAAAUAAUAAAGGUUUCGUUCGAAAAUCAAUUGAUCACAUAGAGAUAGAGGAAGAAUCCCGAAAUGAGCAAAAAAAGGUGAUCAGUGAAGUUGAAUUUAGUGUUACAACAGCUUUUCAAGGUACAGCUGUAGUUAAAGCAAAUAUAUUUUGUUUUGAUCAUAAAACAAAAUUUGUUAUAUCAGAUAUUGAUGGUACUAUCACAAAAUCUGAUCUGUUUGGACAUAUAUUUCCACUUUUUGGUAAAGAUUGGUCAUAUGAUGGCGUUGCAAAAUUGUUUCAAAAUGGUUUUACAUUACCAAGUGGUCCAUUACUUAUUUCACCUGAUGGAUUAUUUAAUGCACUUUAUAGAGAAGUUAUCAUAAGAAGACCUGAAGAUUUUAAAAUUGAAUUUUUAAAACAUAUUAGAAGUUUAUUUCCCAAUAAAAAUUCAUUUUGUGCUGGUUUUGGUAAUCGAAAGAGUGAUGAAUUAUCGUAUGACGCUGUUGAAAUACCAGAGACUCAUAUAUUUACAAUAAAUACUCAUGGUGUAAUUGUUCAAAAACCAAUAUGUUCAGUAUUAGCGACUUCAUAUAAAGAUUUAGAUAAAUUAGUUAAUCAAAAAUUUCCUCCGAUACCUCCCACAAGCGAAUCGAAUGAAUAA